CAAAAAGCACUGGACCCUGUGCUAUACCUGAAUGUAAUAAUAAAAAUGCUUCUAGGUUUAGAAAAAUGACUGACCUUGCAAUUGAAAAAAUAAAAAACAAGCAUCCAGAAGGUGAUUAUGAUUUCAUAAAAAAAGACAGCGAACUUUGCCAUGAACAUUAUAUGAAAAUUGUUGAAUCAGAUGCAUAUGAAAAAUACAAAAAUAAAUCAUCUCAAGCAAAAAUUGUUAAUUUGUCUGGUGGAUUUGGAUAUUCAAAAGAUGAAUUAGAUUGGUCUAGAAUCAAAAUCAAUGCAGUUGAUGAUAAUGUCAUUUGUCUAAAGAUGUUUUUAGAAACAUAG